AUGCCAUUCGAUCCGAAAUUUUGGCCUGCAAGAGGAAGACGUAAUAAUGACGUCACUAACAACAAUCAUCAUAGAGAUGAUAAAAAUUGCAUUUUUAUUUACGAUGACGCUAUGACGUCACGUCACGAUUUUUCAAAACGUUCUCCGUUCGUCGAUUUUUCCAUCGUUUGCGACGAUAAGAAAAUUAACGAUUUUAAAAUAAAAUUCGAUGACGUCGAAUCGAAUGGACAAAAUGAUUUUUUCGAUAAAUAUCCUCCUCCGAUUUUUAACGGAAAUUGUCCGGUAAACGUCAUCAAACAAAUUUUAUCGCGUUAUCUUAAAGAAUUGUUGUUGAUGAAAUUAAACGAAAGUAAAAAUUCUGAGAUGUCACGGACGUCAUCGUCGUUGACGUCAUCGACGACCGAUGACGACGUUAAAGAUGUCGCGAAAAAAAAAUAUGUUAUCUAUCUCGAUUUACCGGAAUUUAUGAAAAAUUUAUUUGAUAAACCGGAUAAUAAUGAAAAAGAAAAGAAACAAGAUAUGGAGGAUCCAAAAAUUGAUAACGAUGAUGGUCUAAUGACACAAUGA